AUGAAGUUCACUUUCUUCCUUCAGCUGCUGGCCGAUCUCGCCCAUAUCUCGUCGAAAGGCAUCCUGAUAUGGGCCAUCCAUCGCAACAAGAGCGCCGAAGGUGUUUCGCUCCUCACUCAAGUUCUUUACGCCAUGGUCUUUGUCACUCGGUAUCUUGACUUGAUUCGGCCCCGCAACUGGAAGGAGCCUUAUCUUGUUUUCUUCAAGCUCUUCUACAUCGCAUCUUCGUUCUACAUUAUCUAUAUAAUGAUGAGGAUCUUCCCCCGGACACGCGAACGGGAACGAGCAUGGAAGUUGGCCCUGGGAUCGAUGGCUGUGGCUCUGGUUUUGGCUCCCAUCUUGAAUCCCAUCUUUUACGGGCAUUACCCGGAUCAUGUGUUCACGGAAAUGUGCUGGAAUUUCUCGAUUGUGCUGGAAUCCGUCUGUGUGCUUCCUCAACUCUUGCUCCUACGGCAGACGACAGUACCUACCGUGAUCAACUCUUUCUACCUGCUCACGUUAGGGUCCUAUCGGGCAUUUUACAUCUUGAAAUGGCUCGUGCAAGGAUUUGGUCCCGAGCAUCGGUGGGACCGGAUUGCGGAUGUGUUUGGGGUCGUCCAGACAGCCUUCUAUAUCGAUUUCGCUUGGGUGUAUUACACGCGACAACGGGUUAAAUUGCGCAAUGGCGGUGUCGUCGACUCCGAAGACUUUCGAAACAGCUGGUUGCUGAACAAGGUUUUGAAUUUUAGGCAACGGCGGAGUACUGACGAGGAGCAACACCUCCGGGAAGAAGAGGCCGACGACUUGAGGGACGCGGAUGGGGAAGGUCCCGGGAACAACCGCUGGGGAGCAAGAGGGAUCUCUAUCUCCGCGGACGACACCUUGGAGGACCACCGUCCACCGCCCAAACAGCCCGGGACACACAAAGGAACCGAUAGUGAGAUGGAGGGGUUUUUGGAGGAGGAGGAGGAUCAUCCAGGGGACCAUGGCGAGAACGUGUGGACGCAAUCUCCGACUCGGGGUCGGUAA